GGCGUUGCUCGGCCGAGUUGAGUUCGCUCUUCUAGUUACGAUUCUCCGGAGUAUCGGAAGGGAACAGAGAGGGGAGGGAGGGGAGGACGGAAGAGCGCGAAAAAGCGGGGAGGGGAGAAAUUAACGUCCUCGAGAAGGGAACGCGGUACGUCUACGAAACCGCCCGGCCUUAGCUUAGUUUACCUUAACCGCGCGUUCCGCGAUCGCGAAUAGGGUGGGAUCGGUUUGAGAAAUCGGGGAUAAUCGUUGGUCGAGAUCGGGGGCGCUUAAAGGAAGAGGAAAGAAGAACGGGGAUCGUUCGAGAGCGAGGAAUCUCGUAUCGGAACGCCGCGUUUAUUUACACGUGAACUCGCACGAUCGUGCGCUAGCAGGACGCAGAAAUUCCUUGGAUAAUUACUGAAGGAAACUUUUCGAGGAGAUUGCCUAAGGCCUAAGAGAAUACAAGACUACGCAACGAAUUCUUUUCGACUAAUUAUUCGAUAAGAUCUUCGAUAAGAAGAAAAAGCGGAAACGGCGAGGAUAAGAGAGUUCAAGCAGAGAUAGAGAAAGAGAGAGAGAGGGGAAUAAAAGGACGUGAAGAGCGACAAAGACGCGUGCUGUCUCCUCCCUCUCUCGCAUCGGCGAGUUUUUAUUACUCGCUCGCUAAAAUGAUUCACGCGAGCUCGUGAACCAAAAGCCGCCGAUCUCUUCGCAAGAGGAAUUGGAACACGUCGUGGACCCGUCGGCAACUCGUCCAGCGUGGUUCGGUGACCUAUCUCGCACGCAGAGCCGAGGGGAAGGAAGGACCCCCGGCGGGGAUACAGAGGGUUACGGAGAGAAAGAGAGGCAGUAAAAGAAGGGCAGAAUAGGAGGGAGAGAAAAAGCGAGAGAGAGAGAGAGAGAGAGAGAGAGACAAAGAGAGAGGGGGCAACAGACGGAGAGAAGCGAAGCAGCGGCAGAGCACCGGGAGAAGGCGAGACGAAAGACGGAGGAGAAAAAAGGAGGGAACGGUAGAAGAGGCAAGCAGCAAGCCGCGUGGACACAACCGUGCACGCUCGUGUCUCUCUCUCUUGUUUCGUUUUGCUGCUUUCGUUCGCGCGAGAGCGCGGUGGAUGAGCUACGCUCGUUAGUGCUGGUUGAUGGUACUAGUCUUCGUGGUCAUCAUUGAAAUUUCUACGUAACGGGGAAGGAGAGAGAGAGAGAGAGGUGACUUUGGACCGUCUAUUCGCACGUGGUGCUCGUGGCGGCGGUGGUGGAUGGAGUUUGUUUGAUAGCAUCCAGGUGAUCACCCUCUCGUCAUCGAGAGAUUUGGCAAGCUUUCCGCCGUCAACACGUCAUCGUCAUCCUCGUCGGCAACGAUAGCGAGACACCGACGCGAUCAUGUAUAAGCUACUGGCAGAUUUGAGCCGUUACCUGAAACGGCAGGAGAUUAUUACGGAUUCUAUGGUGUUUCGGAUGCACAACCACUUCACCACGGUGCUGUUGUUCGCGUGCUCGAUAGUGCUCACGGCCACCCAGUAUGUCGGUAACCCGAUCUCCUGCAUCGUCCAGGGACUGCCUACGCACGCCAUCAACACUUACUGCUGGAUAACUUCCACCUUCACCAUGCCGGACGCGUUCAAUCGACAGGUCGGUCUGGAAGUCGCCCAUCCAGGAGUCGCCAACGACUUCGGAGAUGUCGACGCGAGGAAAUACUACACGUACUACCAGUGGGUCUGUUUCGUGCUGUUUUUCCAGGCAAUUUUAUGUUAUGUACCACAAUGGCUAUGGAGCUUGUGGGAAGGCGGUCUGAUGAACGCGCUGGUCAUGGGAAUGAAUCACGGCAUGGAUACCAACGAAAAUAUCACGAAGAAAAAAAACGCUCUCAUGGAUUAUUUAAUACAGCACAUCAGGAGUCACAACACGUACGUGUAUCGGUACUUUGCCUGCGAGAUUCUGUGCCUCAUCAACAUAUUCGGCCAGCUUUAUCUGAUGAAUCGAUUCUUCGAUGGUGAGUUCUUCAGCUACGGUCUGCGAGUACUGCAAUUUUCGGACACGCCGCAGGAGGAACGUGUCGAUCCCAUGGUCUACGUGUUUCCACGUGUCACCAAAUGCAUCUUCCACAAAUACGGUGCCUCGGGUACGAUACAACAGCACGAUUCCCUCUGCAUACUGCCGCUAAACAUCGUCAACGAGAAGGCGUACAUCUUCAUCUGGUUCUGGUUCUUUAUACUGGCCAUCUUGUUGAUCGGUCUCUUGGUGUACAGAGCGAUGAUCAUUUUCGCGCCGAUGAUACGACCAAGGCUGCUGCACCUGUCAACAAGAAUGCUGCCGAUCGAAAUCUGCCAGAGCGUCAGCAAGAAGGUUGAUCUUGGUGAUUGGUGGAUACUCUAUGUCCUCUCGACCAACAUGGAUUCUCUCCUCUAUAAGGAUUUCCUUAUGGAGUUCACGAAGAAGAUGGCUAAUACCAAUUCGAAGUCCAUGAACGCGUAAAUGCGGCUUCUUAAACGCGUAUUCUGAUACAGCUUGCGCUCGCGCGCUGAUACAUAGUAUACGCGUAUGUAUAGUACGAGAGAAUUACUUAGUUUAAAACCGAUAAAUACGGACUGAUGUUCGCACCUCGCGACGCGCACUUUUUUCUGAUCGCGCGUUCCAGCAAGUAUUUUCGCGCCAUUGCGCUAGGAUUCACAUAUAGAUAUUAUAUUUUCGUAUAAAGUUCGGAUUACUUUCGCGUAUAGAUAAGAAACAUUAUUUUUCUUUAAUCGUUUAUUAGUUAAAAAAUUAAAAGAAUAUUCUGAGUCAUAUUGUAUACAAUUAAUCUUUUCCAAAUGAUCAUUUUUCAACAUUUUAGACACUGUAUCUCAACUUUUUCGCAUUCAGCGGAAAAAUUUUUAUAUCACGCAUAUCUGUAUUUUGCUCAAAUGAGUUCAAUUAAUAUAUGUAUGAUGUGUAAGUUGCUUGGAAAAGAUUAAUGCAAUAAGAUUAUACUCAGUCUCGAAUGAGAUUUUUAGUGAAUUAGUUUUAUAUUUAGGAUAUUUAGCACGUAAAGCGCGCGCGCUAAAUAUAAAAUGGAACACGACGAUCCAUUCAAAAAGCAGUAUUUUAAAAAACGAUUCCAACACAAAAUCUUGACGCAAGAAAAACGUAAAUGGAGAUUUAGUCCAAUAUUGUAACACACCCGUCAUGUAUAUAAUAUAAUAGACACAUAAAAAGGGUGUUUUUACUUUAAAUAUUCUUUCAUUAUUAAAAGCAGAAAAACAAGACGGAGACGUUAUGUGAUUCACAAUUAUUUUUCUUUAUUUUUAAACAGGAUUAUGGUUUGUUUACUGUAUAACAUUUUUUUUUUUUUCUUUAUAAGAGUUAAGAUAUUAAGUCUUAUGAUUCGAGGAGAAUUUCUUUGUCGAUAUUCGAUGAGUGUUAGUUUCAAAUAUUAAAGGACAACUUUUGGGAUUUUCUUUCAUAAAUGCGUUUGAGGACCAUUGCUAUAUUGCUUCAUAAACGAUUAAUUUAAUUGUGUAACAAUCAUACAUUUAUACUACCCUCAUUCGCCGGUUGCUCAAAACAUAAUGACUCUUAUUUCAUUCCCACCGUCGUGUUUUAGAUUUUGGUUCGUUGAUUAUGACAACCUUGAAAGAAGUGCAGCGUGUAAUCUAAUGGUUAACAUCGGGUUAAACGAUUUCCGCUGCUUGUUUGCAUAAAACGAUCGAUGAAUUUGCAAUUUAUUGUAACAUGCAUGUUACGAACUUCUUAGCGAAUGUUUAUUUAUCCAACUUUACCAGUGAUAUACGCAUCACUGUUGUUCCCUAUAUGUCAAUUAAGGGAGAAGAGGCUACAUUAUAGACAAUUUGGCGCAUAUGAAUAUUCGUUGACUAUGAUACACGUUUCACAGUACUCUCAUUUUUAAUUUUAGCGAUAUAGUUUAGCAUCGACCUUAUCCACCUUGGUAUUCCAUAAGCUCGUUGAAUUUUGAUGAUUUAUUUUCAUAUAAAAAUAUAAAAUUUUGUGAUCUCUGGAAUAUUAGAAAGUUGGAAAUAAAAGUAAAUAAGAUAUAUCUGUAAUAUUUCAUAAGAAAAAUCGACUGCAAGUUUGUCAUAAAACCUGUCAUCGAAAUUAAGGUCGAGGAUUUUAGUAUUACAUAUACAUAUAGAAAAUAUCUGAUAUUAUAUACAACAUAUCUUUUUCUUUGUAAUUGACGAAGAACGAAUUAUUCUCGCAUUGAGCCAUAUCCAGGCGCAUUCACGCAUGCAUGCGUUUGUAUGAUACUUUCGCUGCCAGACGAUUGCGUCAUCUUGAACCGCAAGAAAACCGCGACGCGGCCUAGCACGACUGGUAAUGGUCACUGGGCGAAGAUCGCGGUGACCAAAAGUAUGCCUUUUUCGUGCGUAAAGAAGUAUUUUUACUUUAAUCAAUUCAGAAUUCACCCAUCGGUUACACUAAUGUGCAUAUUUUGUAUCUAUUAACUUAUGUAAGAUGUGAUAAAUACAAGUAACACGCUCGAGAGUCUAAAAAAGAGUAGAAGUCAUUGAGGAAAAACAAGAAAUUUUAUUACUUGUUUGUUCUCGGGUGUCGGUGCACUUUGUGCAAGAUUCUUUUGCCCAUUUGUGUUCCACGGACAACGCACGUGUUGUUGUAGAGAUAAGACUUCCACUUAUUGUUAGAAUCGUGGAUUUCAUCUCCGUUUAUAACUUUUUAGAAUAUAUAUGUAUGUUACAUAAGCCUGAUUGUAUAUCUAUACAAGAUGUGUAAAGAUUAAAUUCUGAACAAUUUAAA